AUGUACGACCAGCUGGCAGGCGCCCCCCCUGCCUACCCAACGACGCCUGUCAUGGAACGGAGUUAUAAAGACUACUACAGCCAGGCAGGCACAGCCCCUCAACUUGGUGUCUAUGAAAUGCAUGCGGGUCCCCAGAUGGGGGGCGUGAGGACGCAGCAGCAGCAGCAGCAGCAGCAGUUGUUGCUGCUGCAGCAGCAGCAGUUGCAGGAACAGCUGCAGCAGCAACAAUUGCAACAGCAACUGCAACAGCAGCAACUGUUGCAGCAGCAACUACAGCAGCAACAACUGCAGCAGCAGCACCUGGAGGCACAACUGCAACAGCAGCAGCAACUAGACCAUGAUUUGCAGCUCCAGCAGCAGCAGCUUCAGCAGCCGAUCGAGCAGCAGCUGCAUGCUCGCCAGCAGCAGCAGCAGCAGCAGCAGCAGCAGUUGUACGGGCAAUAG